UGACAAAAUGGGAACCCACCAGCAGUGUGAGGAGACCUAAAGUGGCACAUGGCAGAGUGUGGCGAUGGAGACAGCAGCAAUGGGGAGGCCGUACAGGGACCCAUGACACACUCUGGACCUGGCAGCAGCAUGAGGAGGCGGUACAGGGGGGGCCAUGACAGAUUACGGGCCUGGCAGCAGCAGGGAGGAGUCGGUAACGGGGGCCCAGCACCCUAUAUACAAAAUGCGGAACCCACCACAGUGUGAGGAGACCUGAAAGUUGGCCAUGCAGAGUGUUGGCGAUGGAGACAGCACAAGGAGGCCGUACAGGG